AAAUAAUAAUAUUCAAAGCGACUGAUUAUUUAAAAUGUCCCAACGUCAAAUUUUAAAAGUUGCUUACCACGGAAACCGUCAGUUAAUCCGUUAUAAGCUGGGCAGCACUUAUGAUGAAAUUCUUAAGACGAUCAUGCAACACUUCCAGCUUCCAAGCAAACGCAAAUCAGCAUCAUCUCUCAAGCUUACCAAUGAAGCCGGAAAGGUAUUCAGUAAACGUCAACUCAAAAACUAUCUGUUAUUGUUUCCGAACACCAAAAUUACAUUCCAUUUACAAAGUAACCAACAAACGACAGCAAGCUCGGAAAGGAAGCUGAGCAUAUUACCACGAAGCAAUAUUGCAAUUAACACUGUAACCACAAAUCAGCAAAAGAGCCGAAAGCGUCAACGCGAAACCGAUUACGAAUACGAUCCGAAAUACCCAACGACACCUGUAUUUCGCAUGAACUGUUUCAUAGGCGUGUGUCCCAGCAAUUGUUCACCACCGCCUACAAAACGUGUCCGUUUCAGCGAAUCUUCAAACAGCAUCAGAAUUAUACCUGCGCGAUCCGAAACAAAAGAUGUUGUUCAAGGUGCACUGCGGCGGACGAGUUCUUUUGUGGGUCAAUAUCCGCAAAUGGCAAUGUAAAUAAAGCACCAUUAACUCGUACAUUUCUGCACCGAGCCUUCGAGUUAAAUUUCAGUUCUGAAUUUAAGAGCGCAGUUGAUUAAUGGGGCGGGCUAAGAGUCUGGAAUUGUAACUUUCUUACAAUCUUCUUAGAAGAUUGUAUCUACAAAACUAUUGAAGACUCUUCAAA